UAAAUAAACUAAAAACUAACAUUGAAAAACAUAAUCGAUUUAAUGAGUCUUCGAGACGAAAGACUGCUAUUCCUACGUAUAUGAAAAUGUUGUCCGCUUUGAGAUUUUUUGCCACCGGAAGCUACCAGCGCCCGAUAGGACAAGAUUUUUUGUCCUGUUUAUUACAAACGACUGUCAGUAGAUGUGUUGGGGAAGUCACAACCAUUCUCAUCACUGUUCAAGCGACUUACGAGCGGUUUCCAAAUGAAGCGGAGGAACCUGGGAUAAAAGCGGAAUUUUACCAAAAAUAUGGUUUCCCGGGUAUAAUUGGCUUAAUGGAUUUGAGUCACAUCAAAAUUAUAGCACCUAAAGGAGAUCUAGAAAGUUUAUACUACUGUAGAAAAGGUGGUCAUUCCAUCAACUUAUUACUUAUUUCGAUUCAAAACACCAAAUUUUUCAUGCCAAUACGUAGUUCCCAGGUACGUCGCAUGAUGCAUAUAUCUGGCGGACUUCGGCAAUUCAAAAUUAUCUAAAAGAAAAGUACACGAGAAGUCAUCGUAAUUACAGGUUGCUAGGGGAUAGGGGAUUUCCACUCCAACCAUGGUUGAUGACUCCUAUAGCUAAUCCAGCAAAUGAAGAAGAAGAAAGAUAUAAUGUGGCACAUAAGAGAACGCGAUGUAUAGUUGAGCGUUGCAUAGGAAUUUUAAAAGGCCGGUUUCGAUGUUUAUCUCGACAAAGAACUUUAUGCUAUGGACCAGAAAAAGCAGGAAAAAUAAUAAACGCUUGUAUAGUGCUCCACAAUAUCCUAUUAAAAGCUAAUGUUCCAGUAACCGAAGCAAUUGAAACAAAUAUAGAUUUAGAUGAAUCCAAUGAAAAUAUUUCAAUAUCACAAAACCACUUACAAACACAAGCAAGAACUACCAGACUGCGAAUAGUAAAAACUUACUUCCAUUAGACUUGCCUUAAAAUAAAAUCAUAAAAUAAACAUUUAA